AAUAUUUUAUUUGUAUAUCGAUUUUAUAUCCCUAUAUACACAGGGCCACAUAAAAAUUUCUUGGGAGAAAAGGGGUGGCGAAUCAUAAAAGUUUUAAGGAAUGCUUUAUAAACCUUUAAGGGCUAUACGUAUUUGAUUGAUGAUGAUGAUGAUGAGUAUAAAAAGAGAAAUUCAAAAUCCUCUGUUAAGGAAUCAAGACAUCUACACAGAAAACAAAAUGAUAAUAGAAUAAGAAGAUAGUGCACACUUUCUCCUGAUUGUAAUUUCCAAUAAGAUUGAAGAACAUAAAAAGUUAGUCAACUAAUAUUUACUACAUACUAAGUGCUAGGGAUACCAAAAAAAAAAAGUCUGAGACUAAACUGAAAGAAACAACAUAGCCCUUUUACAAUUUAGUAAUGGGCAUUUGCUUUAAUCCCAAUACCUCAAAGGCUACAUUUAAUUAAUCCCAAUUUGGUUCAUCUGUAAUGUUCUGGAAAUUGGCUCUCUCAGUUUACUACACCCUAUAGACAUACCCUAAUGUCAACUCCAAGGAAAUCCCUUUUGAAUUGUUAAGAAAAUUAUAAGAUGUACUCAGAGUCUCCUGCAUUCUCAUUCUUCACAUCCUCAAAGUUUCAGAGCCCACAAUUUAUUUCUGUAUAUUCUGGUGCCAAGAACUAAUAAUCAAGUAAACUGCCAAUGACCAAUAAAUCCUCUUCAAGGAAAUUUAGGUGAGAGAAAGAAGUUUUAUUUGUUUUUACUAAAAUGCUAAUAUUUAGAAACACUUGUUUCUCUAAGUUCUUCUAGUUUCUCACAGUUUGAAAAAUUUUGUUAUCAAUUCUUUGUGACUUUUCUAAAAUCAAAAUUCUGCAUUUGGAUUGUAGUACUAUAUGCAGAAUUCUUAUGCAGCCUGACCAGUUCUGAAUACCAAUGGAGCAUUCACUUGACAAGGUAUACUGGUAAGGGCACAACAUUAUUUUCUAAGAAAGUGAUCACAAAUAGCAUAUGUGUUAAUCAUUAUUUAACUUGUCUGAAUAAUGGGGGCUGUGAUGGGUUUUCAGGCAGCUAUUAAGCUAAAAAAAAAAGACAAUUUAAUGUUGACUUUCAAACCAAUUAAAAAUUAAUAAUCCCUUACAGCUGCAUAAUUUGUAUCUUUAGCAGAUAUUUUCUAAUUUGAAGUAGUAGUGACAUUUCCAUUUUUUCCUUUUUCAAAAUCUUGAUAGUAUUUUGAGGAUUGUUCUUUGUUUUUCGAUAUUAGAGAAAUAAAAUCAAGAAUCUAAAGCAGUCUCUGUUUAAUUCCAGGAAUGAAUUGAAAGAAAAUAUCACAUUGCUACCUGAGUGAGCAAAAGGUGAAGAUGAGUCUUAGAGAGGAUAAAUGUAUGGUAAUGCAUGUAAUGAAAAAUUGUACUAGUCAUACCUGAGAUGCUUGAUUCUAUGGAGGGUUACAUAAAGAUAGAUAUUGUUAGUACAUACUGAAUCCAAAAAUCCUAGAUGAACAUAAUAAAAAAGGUCACUGGAAGGAAAGCAGAAAGGUCAUUAUAUCUCACUAGAUACCAGAUACCUUGGGCAGUUAAUAUCACUGAUCUCUAAAAAAGACAUAACACAUCAGGUAAAGAUUUUUUGGACAAUUACAGUGAUCAAAGAAAUAGAAAAGCUUUCAUAUGACAAUAUACUAAAGGAACUUAGGCUCUAUGAAAAUGGCAACUAAAUACUAAACUUUUUUUGAACUGAACCUGUAUAUUCAUUGCCAUAUGGCCCUUUCAAUAAGAAAGCUACCUCUACCAAUGCAGAUUGAACCCUGCUUUACAAUUUAGAGUCUUAAAGACUUUGGGGCUCUGAGAGGUCAAAUCAUUUCCUCAGAGGCUUACAGUCAAUAGGUCAACUUACAUGUAGGCGCAACUGACUCUGAUACUAGAAUGCCUCCGGUAGAUAAUAGAAAUUAAUAUAAAUCUUGUAUAUCAUGACGAAUAUGAGCAUAGAUUGUUUUUCCACCAGAACCAAUAAAAUUAGACCUUAAAGAUGUACCUUUAAAUUUGAAACUCAAAGUAGUACAAGCUAAAGGAAGAUCUUCUUUAUACAGUGAUACAUAAACUUCUCUUAUAUGUUACUGCAAGAUGUGGUUUUGGUUGAAAAGAACAUUUACAAAUACUUUGGAAAAAUUCAAUGGGUUAAAGUAGCACAAAUGGAUCUUAGGACAUUUAGCAUUUUCAUAACCUUUGAAGACGUGCAUUAAGAAAGACAAUACAUGCUAUUGCCAUAGGCACUUUCAUGUUAUUGUUAUGCAAUUCAGAAUUGGGUAGGAUUUGGAUAUGACUCAUAAUUCUUGGGAUAUUUCCAAGCCACAAAACUCAAAACAUUUAAAAAUAUGCAGUUUUAAUACGUAUAUACCAUUGCAAAAAUACCUGCACAUAAAAAUUCAAUUUUUAAAAAUUAACAUUCUGUUACUACCAUUUUAGAUGUCUUGAAACAAUAAGAUGAAUUCUCUGACCUCUGAUCAUAGACUAAGCUUUCAUAACUCCAUGAAGAGAAGCCUUUUGUGUAUAUAAUAUUGAAUGAAUUAAUGAACAAUCACUUUUUAAAGGCUUAUUAUGUGCCAAGCACUGUGCUAAACUCUAGGGUGUCAACUACAUAAACAAAGAUGGCCUCUGACCUUAAAGAGCGCACAUUUAAUAGGCAGUGAUGUAGCUAAGGGAGUGGUAGCCAGAGAGGUGCGCUGAAGUCUGGAAAGUUACAGAGGUUUUGAGUUGAACCCUAAGGAAACAGAUUGACACACCCCUUCCCGGAGCAAGGACAGAUUUUAUCUUAGUUCUUGAUUGAGGAACUGGAGCAGGGAUUAGGAGAAGCUACCUGGCAGGCUCUGGAGUAGGUGGGCAGAUGGAACUUGUUUUCUGUUUGUUGUUGUUAGUCUUUCCUUCUGGAAGGGGACUAUGACAUCAGCAAGGAGAUGUCAUGACAUGCAAGUGAAUUGGAUUUAAGUGAGGCAAAGUUACCAGCCUCACUUUCUCCUCUGGACCAUCUGGUGAGGUGGUUACUCUCCUAAACAGUAUUUUAAAAAAUGCCUAUGUCCAACCAAUCUUGUACUUUACCUGGAAUUCAAAACUUCGGUGGCUUACGACUAGAUAAACUGACAUUUCAGGGAGAAUAAUCCUUCCUUACGCCUGACCUGUAUUAGAUUUUAGGAGAUAACACAGGAGGAGAGAAGAGGUGCCUUUUGGCUAAAGAAGUAAGGAAGAAGGGGAUAGGGCAUUACAUUCUUAUGUAUAUACAAUUCCUGUUUUCAACAGAAAAGCUCAAGAUGGCUGAGGAAAAUCACACCUUGACAACUGACUUUAUCCUCAUUGGAUUUACAAAUCACCCAGAGAUGAAGGUCAUAUUAUUUGUAGUAUUCCUUGUAAUCUAUCUGAUAACCAUUGUUGGGAAUCUUGGACUGGUGAUAUUAAUUUCAACUGAACCUCGACUUCAUACACCUAUGUAUUUCUUUCUUGGUAACUUGGCUCUUAUGGAUGCUUGCUGUGGCUGUGCUGUAACUCCCAACAUGUUGGUGAACCUCUUUUCCAAGGAUAGGAUGAUUUCCAUCUAUGAAUGCAUGACACAAUUUUAUUUUCUUUGUGUGGUUGAAACUUCAGACUGUUUUCUCCUGGCAGCCAUGGCAUAUGACCGUUACGUGGCCAUCUGUAACCCACUGUAUUAUCCCAUCAUGAUGUCAAAGAAGCUCUGCAUUCAGAUGCUCAUGGUGUCAUACAUAGGUGGUAAUCUGACUUCUGCAGUUCAUGUAAGUUUUGUAUUCAGGUUAAUUUUCUGUAGGUCUCAUCGAAUAAACCAUUUUUUUUGUGAUGUAAUUCCAUUGUUCAGACUGUCCUGUGUUGACCCUUAUAUUAAUGAACUGAUGAUGUAUAUGUUUUCAGGCUCAAUUCUAGUCUUUACCAUACUCAUUAUCUUAGUUUCUUAUCUUUACAUCCUUUUCACUAUCUUCAGAAUGAAAUCCAAGGAGGGGCGAGGCAAAGCAUUUUCUACCUGUGCAUCCCAUUUUGUGUCUGUCUCGGUAUUCUAUGGUUCUCUUCUCUUCAUGUACAUUCGACCAGGUUCUGUUAAUGAAGGAGAUAAAAACAUGCCAAUUGCUAUUUUUUAUACAAUAGUCAUUCCCUUUUUAAACCCUUUUAUUUAUAGCCUGAGGAACAAGGAAGUAAUCAGUGUCCUGAAAAAGAAUCUGAAGAAAAAAAUGUCUUGGGAUAUUUGA